UCGUUACAAAAAAAUAGGCACCUUCAAAAAAGUUUCGGAUCCCAUCUUCAAAAUUUUAUGUAUAUAUAACAUUUCAUAUUUCUUUAUAAAAUCCACAAAAACAUGAAGCGAUUAUUCCAAGUAACCAAGAAUUUAGAUAACCAACAAAAAAAAACAACAACACACGCCGCCAAGAUAACUGAAGUUGUUAGUGAUAUCACUAAAGACACAAACAGAAAAGACCUUACAGCGCGUGUAAUACCACAGACACAAAACCAGGUUAAUAAAUCUGAGAAAGGAAAAAGUGUGGCAAAAAUGACUACAGGUAGACGAGAAUGUCCACCUGUACCAAAUAACGCGAUGCCAACCUCCGAUGAAGAAAGAGGCGCUGUAAGCAAUUUCGCAGCUACCGCUCAGAAACGCUACGGAUAUAAGCCAUACCAGGAGAGGUUAAACGGGAUAGAGAAAAACCGCUUCCAAACCUCUCGCCAAAAAAAAGAAUUACAAGAACUGAAACAUCCUGACAUGUUCUUGUCAAAACCAAAGACUAGCAACUAACUUUUUCAAGAACUGGUGGUCGGUCAAAUGGGCUAAUAAUAGAAAGAUUCUACACAGGUCAGGCAAAAAAGUGAAAUCUUAUAUGAGAUGAAAACAUCUGUACAGAAAGCCUGAACUUCAUGUUCCUGUAGAAUUAUUACUCUAAAAAGAGAGGAAAAGUCAAAAAGGCGUUGAAAUGGCGACCGAUACACCUUACUGAGAUAACAAUUGCGUAAAACGAAGGUGUGGAUUUAUCUAAAGUGAUUGAAAGAGAUGAAUACUACUGGUCAGUGCAAAUACUGGAUGAGCUGAGUAGGGAAUUUGCACUGUUAUAGUCUGUAAUAUAUUGUGAAUAUUACUUUGCAUUAUACCACUUGCUAUAAUCAAUCAAUCUCAUGUGAAGAUGUUACGAUAUAUAACCGCUACAGAUGUUUGCCUGAAAAAUAUUGUAAAGUAACUUCCAAAACUAGUUCAGUGCUAUAAAAUUACCAUUAAGGUCCAGUAAAGGCCCAGUAAAGGUCCAGUAAAAUAUGCUUACAAAUCAAAUAAUUAAUCAGGAAAAUUUGUGAUUGUAUCAAGAAAGGAAGGGUUCAAAAACAUUAAUUUCUUGCGAAGCAAUAAAGUGGUCGCUUCUGACGUCGAUUACAUAUGAAAAACAGAACUUCUUUUCGAACCUCAAUACAAAUACAUAUUCCUGUUACCAAACUCUUGGCAGUUGUAUGGUUCCUUUUGGAGGCGGCAAAUCUUGUUCUGCUAUAUACGUGUAGCUUUUGAUAUGUAUUGUCUAGUCUUAAGUCUAGUUCUUAAGAACUUAUUUCUAAUUUUCUGAUUUUCGGCAAAUUCAUUAGUUCGUGAACUUCAAUAAUGGAAUGUCUCUACUUCUUAAGAUGUGAGAAAUUACAUAGGAUGUUUUCAGAUGUCUUUUUUGGUAGUGUUAUAAAACUACCAAAGCUAACAAAAACUACACUGCAGUGGAGAGACAAAUGAUUGCUCUAGUGACUACAAAUAAAAGUAAUUACGCAGGGAAUACUUAGGAACGAGCGCAAAGUGGAGCUCCGUAAAGAAGAAGCUGUUGCGUAAAGAGGACCAGUUGCCGAGAUUUGUGUUUUGAAAGGUUCUCUGAAACACUGAAGAAUCACUCAAUUUGAUAAAACUUGCAAGUGCUGGUUACUGCUACGCUUCGCGGCAUUAAUUAACUUACCAAACACAUACCUAUGUCUAUGUUCUAUAUGAGAUGAUUUAUUUGAGAUUAAGUUCUACAGUCACCAGAUGCAUACCCACCUACGAAACCUGUGGAUAAAAAAAUUUGCAUGCCAAGGUCAGCGUUUAUAAAUGGGAAAGUAUUGACAUGCUGAAGAAAGUCCUUCCAAAUGGUUAAAGAAGUGGUAGGUUCACAAUAGUGUAGCGUUGGACUUACGUAUUAAUUGACUCAGAACCAUAGGUUGCCUCUGUUUUUAAUUGUUCAUAAUCUCAAUUUGAAAUGAAAAAUUAUUGGUUUAAAAAAACUAAUUUCUAAAUCCUUGAUUUUUAUGGACAAACCCUAGAAUGAUAUUUCCACUAUACAAUAUUUAAUGCUUUAUUUUCGUUUUGAUUAAAAAAGUAGGCUUAUAAAAAUUUGUUGAAACUAAAAUAUUUUUAAUGUCAAAAGUAUUUUAAGUUUUUAAAACAAAAAAAUCAAGCUUUAAGAAUUGAUUUCUUAUUUUGGAACCUCUUUUUUUAUAAAAACGUUUCAUCAAUCGUGCUGAUAUUAACAUAAAUUAAGCAUGGAUUCAGCUGGAGAGCGUUCGGCAUUCAUUGGUCUCAUAGUAGCUGCGUAUGUCAAUCAUGCCGAACCCAAAUAUCGUUGUGAAAAUUACAUUAAGCUGACACUUAAUGAUCGGUUGAAGUUAAAAACGAUUCUUAUAUCGAUAGUGAUCAACGCAUUCCUGUAUGCUGACUUGUAUUGCAGUGAUGAAGAUGAUUAGGAUAGUGAACGGGGAGUGAAUUAUGAAGAAUUGCUAAAUCAAUAAUGUUACCAUCAAAUUUAUCAAGUUUGUUAAGGAUAACUUUGUGACACAAAUUUAUGAAAAGUUUGGAAAAUAAAAAUUUAAGUUGUACUUAAAACAGCACAA